AUGGUCCGCGCCCUACGCUCUGUCACAACACACCGGCAUCCCACCGUUCGUGCACCGGCCUCACUGCUUUAUAACAAUCUUUCGUUUGUUGAGGAGCACUCCUUGCUGGUUUACACAUCUCGCAGGGACUGUGUCAUUGUGAACACCGAAACAAAUCAGGCACAUCUGCUCCCCAUUGGAUCAAUGGAAAAUGAAAUGAUUCUCCAAUGUAGUGCCAUUCAUGCACCUGGUGCCGAGGACGGUAUGGAACCGCAAGUACUUAUCCUCAUCACCAUGCACAAAACAACACAAUUGUGGACGGCCAAUAAACCCAUUAGCCUUGUAUCACAUGGUGGUGUGCAUGGGGAAGGUUCGUGCGGUGGUCUUGCCGCUUCCGCUGGGGGAGGGGCACACGUCAUCAUGGGCACAAGUAAAGGUGUGGUGAUGUUUGCCGAAUAUUGUGGGGGGGCUGCACCAAUGAAGGACGAGGCAGAUCAAGAUGCGGCAACAUCGUCUUCAAUCUUUCGUGUAGCUUCCGCAGUGAAGGGGCACAAGGAGCGGGCGGUCACGGCAGCGCAAAUAAGUAGGUUUCCGGACUCCGAACUCCUUGCGGUAAGUGGUGACGCAGCCGGUCAGCUGCUCCUCUGGAGUCGAGACCAGCAGCCGCUCGUUUCCAUCUCCACUUUGGAGUGUGUGACGGCGGUCCAAAUUGUUAGUGGCGGUGACUUCGUAGUUGCAGCGAGUGGCGCCGGUCGUUUGCUGGUAUUAGACUCCCAUACUGGCAGCACAUGCAUUGACGUAUGUGCUCAUUCAAGGUGGAUACACAAUUUGUCCUUCAACGCAGCAUGUAACAUGAUUUUGUCUGCAGCGGAAGAUGGCUAUGUGACGGUGUGGGCACUUCCCAGCGAUAAGAAACAAAGCAUUGUGGACUUUAGACCUGCUGUGAUGCAUCACACUCCGCAUUCAUUGCCUACCGGUGCAGCAAUAUCUGCCGAUGGGUCAACGGUUUUCGUAACUAUUUAUGAUGUGGAUGGUGUGAAUCAGUACACGGUUACUGCGGACAGAGAGUGA